AAAAAAAGAAAAAAAAAAAGAAAAGUAGGGUUGGCUCAGGUUUCCACUUCACCAUGCGCGGUGUCAUGCCAUGGUAGUGCUUGAUAAUGCGUAUGAAAUUCUACAAACGGAGGAAAUAUGGUGGAAGACUGUGAAAAACAAAGUCAUGGCUCAUCAAGUAGUGGAUGCAGAUCUCUUCGUUCGUUUUUUAUAUUCACAGUUUUCCUGGUCCUGUUCCUGUGCUACUACAUCAUCCCCAAUGAACUCUCAGAUACCUGGGCUGUAACGGUUGGAUUAUUUCUUCCAGAGAAAUAUACCAUUAAAAUGGUCAACGAUUCUCUGAAUGCGGCGCCAAUAGUGACUUCUGCGGAACCGUGGAAGCCUCCGGAACCAUAUUGUGUGGCAUACCCACACACGUAUAAUUUAGUUUUGAAUGAGCCAGAGAAGUGCCAGAAGGAGAACCCUUUUGUGAUAUUAAUUGUGCCGGUAGCUCCAAGCAAUGCAGCUGCUCGUGACACCGUUCGUUCAACUUGGGGAUCAGAGAGGUUAAUUGGGGACAAGACCGUUAGCAUAUUGUUUUUGUUGGGUCUCCCCGCUUCGGAAGAAAGCGAAACUCUUCAACAAAAUUUGCUACAGGAAAGUGAGAAGUAUCAUGACAUUAUACAAAGUGAUUUCUGGGACAGUUACUACAAUCUCACCAUUAAGACAAUUAUUAUGCUAGAAUGGCUGCAUGUUUACUGCCCGAAUGCCUCCUACGCCAUGAAAGUUGACUCUGAUGUGUUUCUCAAUGUGAAAGCCUUAGUCAAAAUGCUUCUGUCCGUGCCAAAGCAGAGCUAUAUGACUGGACUUGUGGCUAGGAAUGCAGUGGUACUGAGAGAUCCUCAUUCUAAAUGGUAUCUUCCAAAAACUGUUUACGAACCAGCUUUUUAUCCACCCUACGCUUUAGGCUUAGGGUAUAUUUUCACCCUAGACCUGCCAGAGAAACUUAUUAAGGCUGCCCAACUUGUCAAACCGGUUUACAUAGAGGAUGUGUUUCUAGGUCUAUGCAUGACUCAUUUAGGAAUUGCUUUGACCAAUCCCCCUGAUGGAACCUUGUUCAACGUCUUCCCUGUAGAAUACAACCGUUGUCGUUAUUCAAAACUCAUCGCCACAACGACACGAAGCAUGAGAGACCAAGUGGAGUUUUGGAAGGAUUUACAGAAACCUGGUCCGUAUUGCUAACAACAAAUAGCUAAAUCUGCGUAAUGGUCACAUGACUUGUAACAAAGCUGGCCUGUCUUUAUACGCAUGGACAACAGGCUAUAACAAAAACCCACCUUAAUUAUGUGUCUUUGGGUUCACGCUGCCAGUUUCAGCCCGGAUUUUGCUUGGAAACGUACAAAAUCAGAGGCAAAUCAGUGCUCAGUCACGUAGUGUGUUAUGAAAGGCCUGAUCUGCGAGAAGCGACGACAAGGACAUGUUAUCAAUAAUAACCCACAGCUCUACGAUGUGAAAUGUGAUUAAAAUGCAUCAGCAAUGACCUUCAGCCAAUGAGAGAACGCGAUACACGUCAAGGGAAGGUUCAGGGGGCGGAGUGAUGGCGUGAAGCCAUAUGAAAAAAACAAACAAGCAAAAUAAACAUUUGCAAGCACGGCUUCUGCAAGCAACCACUCUCUCAUUCAUACUCUUUUCUGUGUUUUUAUUGCAAACAGACAACUUGGAUUGAAGGCUCUUUCGCAGCCUAAAAGAAUAAAUCCGUUCCCUGGAAAAAACACCUGUCUCUCCUGUGAUACUGUGUAUUUCCCAUACCAAUUAUUGUGCAUGCUGCGCACAUAGCUGGGAUCAUUGGAUUGGUUCACUUAUACAGGGUUUCUAGAAGAUGCGGGCGUCACAUUAGUAGUGUUUCACCUGGAAACAAAGUUGCUGUGACGCCAAACCCCCCACGGAAGAAGAAAGCCGUCAUGUUGAGAAGUGUGACAAAAACAAUAAAAACCUGAACACACUUUUUAAACGUGUUCUUCAGUAUUUCUCUUUGUGCUGCUACAUAUUUGGUUAUGGAUAUUAUUAUCAGAGCUAAUGUUAGUUUUGGUAACAUUGGUGUCCUGGUUGCAAAUGUUAUACGUAGCUAUAGAAAUAGCAAUAAAUUACGAAUAAUUUCAAUUAACAUUACUUGGUACUUAACUGAUUAUUUUCAUCAAGAAAAAAAAAGAAACAUAACUGUUCAUAAUACAUUUUAUACCUUUAACAAUGAAUGAUCUUUAUUAAUUCAUAGAGGGCAAAAUAAUUCAAUGCUAUUUCACUUUUGACUAUUCAGUUUAUGUUUUUUGCGCAGCUGUUUAUUUAUUUGUGUUAUUGUUUGUAAUGCGUUCAUUUGAUCUUAUUUACUGACUUUUCAUUUGUCUUUAAUAAAGCUUGAACUCUUUUUGUUAGGCUGGUGGUUUUUACCGUGAUAUCAAAAUCAGAAUCACGAAUUGUACAAUUUAACUGCAUCAAAAAUGUUGUUAUUAAAAAACACAUGUUAUUAAGUUUAUUUUUUACAGCAGGGCCAGCGAAAAUGUGUGCUGGGCAAGCAAAAGACUGAACCACCGACCCAAUUGCGUCAGUAAAAAAAAAAAUCCUUAGCCUUGAGCUCUUUACUGUAUGCAAAGGAGACGCCAUUUAUGCUAAGGCAUUUGUUAAACAAAAUGUAUUGGUUUUGGAAAGAAAGCGAUGCCAUUUAAAAAGCUUUCGUGAAUAUCGUAUAUUCAAAAUGUUUGUUAAUAUUUGUGGAAAAUGAACAAAACAAAAAGGACCUGUUGUACUGUGUGCUAGAUCAAGAGUGUAUGACGUUCAAGUAAAUCAUUGUUCCUGUUUAAAUA